AUGCAAGCAAAAGCGGAAAAGUUAAAAUCUUCUCUGAAGACAGUGAAAAAAGAUAUAAUAAAACCAGAGAAACUUAAAUAUAAGCCACUUACUGGGAAGGUGUUUUACCUUGAUAUUCCGUCAAAUGUGAUCUCUGAAAAAUUAGAGAAGGACCUUAAAGAUCUAGGAGGGAAAGUGGAAGGCUUUCUUAGCAAAGACAUUAGCUAUCUCAUUUCUACUAAAAAGGAGGCAAAAUUUGCACCGACCCUUGGUCAGAUUUCUCCAGCCCCUAGCCCAGAAUCUGCCCAAAAUGGAGGUAACAGUUCACCUCAUCCCAGCAGCCGAAGAGAUCGACAUGAUGGCAAUUCAUUUAAGACAGCAGAUGCAGUACGAAUGAGCAGAGGAAAAUCUUUAGUUGAAAAAGCAAUCAAAGAGCAGGAAUUAAUUCCCUCUGGUAGCAUAUUAUCCAAUGCUUUGAGUUGGGGAGUGAAGAUACUUCAUAUUGAUGAUAUUAAGAAUUACAUUGAACAAAAGAAAAAGGAGCUCUACCUAGUCAAAAAAGCGAGCAGUUCUAAGGAUGUGGGAAAACGAUGUGCUGUGCAAAAGUCAAGAAGUGAGUAUUUCGGUAAACUGAAAAACCCAUUUGUGAAGGUGGAAGAUAGAAGUCGCCACUACCGACCAUUUUACCUGCAGUUACCCAAUUUCCCAAUUCUGAACUACUGUGUUCCAAAACCAUAUAGUCCAUUUGAAGCAGAUAAGAAGCAUCCCUGUGGUCAAAAACAAGCUCAGGCUAAGCAAAGAAACAAAACAAAUAGUGAAAAGGACUGUGGAACUCCUGUUCAGCUCCCUCAGAAGGAUAAAAAAAAGAGAGGAUAUUGUGAAUGUUGUGGGAAGAAAUAUGAAGAUCUGCAAAGUCAUCUUGAAAGUGAGCAGCAUCGCAGCUUCGCACAGAGCACACAGUAUCACGUGGUAGAUGAGAUCAUCUCCAAGUUUGCUUAUGAGUUUGUUCAAUACAAAGAUGAUGCAAAAGUAAUUGAAAGGACAAAAUGUAGUUCAGGAUAUUUUUCUCCUAUUAUUGGAAAAGUAGCUAAACCAGAUGAGCUGAAAGAACGACUCAAAAGACAGUGCUUUUCAUUGAAAAGUAACUCAUGGAAGGAUAGUACGAUGCAGGUGCUCAAGGUGGAUCAUUGGCCUACUGAAGUACACUCAAAUUCCAUGCCAGUGCCUCCCCCUCCUUCUGGAUAUGCCUCUUCAGUUCUUCACUGUCAUCUAUCCCAACUUUCAGAAGCAAAAGGUAAAUUGAGGAAUAAUGUUGAAAACAGUAAAACUGAUUCAAACAUAAAAGAAACUAUUCUGUCAUCAAGCUUCAUACAGCUACUGCCUCAGAAGGAUGACAAAGCAAACAUCAAGAACUUGUCUCAAGCUUCUGAGCCAUUCAGUAAAGAAAUCUUUGAACCAGAGGUACCUAGAAAGGAUUUGCAGAGCUUACAGGAAGGUGUGUGUUCAUUACAUUCUCAUACUCAAGGUACAGAUUUUACUAAAAAGGACAAAACCUUACCACAGCCCAAACGAAAAUUAAAUAAUGCAGUACUUCAGCCAGCAAAGUGUCUGAAGAAAAUGGAUGCAAAUCCUGUUUUGAUCAAAAAACAUCAUGAUUUGUAUGACGAUCAUCAACAGCUAGAGCACAAUGUUGUUCUGGAUAUGAAUGCCUCUGGUACCGCUGCAAGCAAGGAGCUGAAUGGAUGGGCUGCCAGCACAGCACCCAGUUCACCAUCUGGGAAGCUGCACAGAAAAGUAAAGCUUUGCUUAGGAAAACAUAAAAGAGAAAAAUGGAAACAGAACGUAGAGUUGUCUGGUAAGAACGCUGAUGGAUUAUCUAUGUCCGAAGAAAAGAAAAGUGCUUGUAGCUCACCGGUGCAGGCUUUACUGGAAUUAUUUCAAACAAGUGAGGUAAACUCAGAUUUUGGAGGGUUUUCAAGUUUCACUGAGAACAGAGAUUUGACGAGCAUAAAAGAUAUCUGGGAAGGGCCGAGCACAAAUGUUGCGUGGUCGCUAUUUUCCUCUUCAUCCUCUUCCCCAUUUAUUGGGUUUUAAUGGUGCUUUAUUUAAUACAAUGACUUUCAAAUAAAUUUGUAGAUUGAAGACUUUAUUCAUGGAAGCUUUAAUUCCUGUG